GAUAAAUUAAAAAUAAUCAGCUGUCAAAAAUGCAUUAAAAUUUUUGCUUUGUAAAAAAACCUAGCUAUUUUACGUAAAAAAUACGCAACUAAAAUAAAUUAUUGACUUCAGUAAUCAACAUAGAACUAAAAAAGGAAAGAUUUUAUGUGAAGUGAUAAUUGUGUGUGUAAACAGUGAAAAUGUCUUGUACAGUUUGUUGCUGCAGUCAAUAAAACAAUAAAAACAAAAUGGCGUCCGUGUGGAAGCGGCUGCAGCGGGUGAACAAGAGAGCUGCUAAGUUCCAGUACACGGCUUCCUACCAUCGUGUGGACCUGGACACCUCGGUUAAAUGGAAGCCAAACAAACUGAGCGUGGUUUGGACGCGACGGUCGAGGCGGGAGGUCACUGAACCGCGGGAAUGGGAGCCAUCGUUGAAAGAUCCCCUCAAGGGUUCAGUAAUCUACACGGUGCCAGAAAACCACACAGUGGCGGUGACUCUCUUCAAGGAUUCGCGUACCAAUGAGCUAGAGGACAAAGACUGGACUUUUGUCUUGGAGGAUGUAUCAAUAACAGGCAAGCGGCGCCGCCUGGCGGUGUGUUCGAUAAACAUGCGCAAAUACGCCAGUCUCGAGCCGUCGCAGCGACCGUUACUGCUGACACUAGAGCCGACCACGCAGAAAAUUGUGUCCGCAUCCGUUCAACUCACAUUGCAUUGUGUGCUGUUGAGAGAGGGACAAGCUACCGACGAAGACAUGCAGUCUCUCGCAUCUCUGCUAUCGGUAAACAAUAAUACGGAUAUAGCUGUGCUUGAAGACUUGGAUGAAGAUGACUAUACGUUGUCUGACAACUCCACUAGACAGAUGCUAGACCUACGACAACAAAUGGAAGAACUGACCCAAAGUCUAACGAAUAGCGAUAUAGCCGCCACUCCGAACAGCGUCCAGAGCCUCAACUUCGACAAUUCCCGCACCCCCACCGCCCCCCUCACACCCGAAGUCGACCCCCUCACCCCCGUCCCGAAAGACACAACCCCCGACAACGAAAUAACCACAUCCCGCCCGGAAUAUUUGAAUAAUUUACCGACAAAUCAACCCAAAACUGAAUUGCCGAAAUUUACGUCGACGCCAAAUAAAAUCGAAAGCAAGAUUGAUAAUAAACCUUUCUUUUUUAAACCGAAAGCGAUAACUAUGAGGAACCUUAAGCCGCUGGAGUUAAAGACCAAUUUGAAUAAUAUCACGUUGGAUAAGAAUGAUAAUGAAGACAGUGAUAAGACGCCGACAGCCGAAACGGAGAAGAUAGAGAAGAUUGAGAAAUUAUUCCCCGGGAGAUUGGACAAGGAUAAAACGCCGGUACAAGAUCUCCUAGAAUGGUGUCAAGCGGCGACCAGAGAAAACAUAUCCUGUGAGAUCACCAACUUGACUACCAGCUUCCGAUCUGGGCUGGCGUUCUGCGCCAUCAUACACCGAUACCGACCUGAUCUCAUAGACUUCUCAGGUCUGCAGCCAGAUGAUGCGGAAACCAAUCUGAAGGUUGCUCUGGAAGCGAGCGCCAAACUUGGAAUAUCGCAAGUUUUGUGUGCCGCCGAUGUGUACGCGUGCCCCGUGCCCGAUAGAUUGGCGAUAAUGACAUAUCUGUUCCAAUUGAGGGCGCACUUCACUGGCAAUGAACUCCAAGUGGAGCAGUUAGGCAACGACGAAACAGAGUCGUCGUACAUGGUGGGGCGGCACGACACGGACGCCGCGGGCGCGCGCGCGCUGUUCUCGCGCGAGGUGCGCGCGCGCCGCUCGUCGCGCGCGCCGCUCAGCACUCAGAAGUCGCAAGAGUCGCAGGAGUCCCGUCGCUCGCUGUCCCCGGACAAGCCCCCGCCGCCCGGGAAGGAGGUGCGGGACAUGUUGCUGUCGCAGGGCAAGAGUAUCCUGGGCAAGAUGCUGUCUCCCGCCAGGGAACAGAAGCCCAGCGCUAAGUGGUUCGACGGCAACGUUGCAGAGCCAAUCCCCGCGCGGCCUGAGAUAUUGAUGACUCGAAAAGAACUGACUGACCCGUUCGGAUCUGAUGAAGAAGACGAACAGACACCGCCACAGAACAACAACGUCACUCCCGAACCAGCUAAGCCAGAGCCCAAACCGAUAAUCGAACCCGCGCCCACGGGCCCGCUCACGAGCCCCGACCCCACAUCCCCGGAGAAACAACCGCCCACACAGGAACUACCCAAACCUACUCCGCAAUUGUUGUCGCGUCACGACGAGCUGAAAGAGCGAGCGAGACAGCUGCUCGAAGCGACUAAAAAGGAAGCGAGGGAAAAGGAUAGAAAUAGGCGGCAGAGUUCUAAGGAAAAAGAGGAAGGAAAAACUGAAAUAGUUAACGGUCUUAGAAAUGGAGAUACGAGUCCCAGUAAAAAGCCAAUGACGGAAGAGGAGAGACAGACAAUGCUUAGAGAAAGAGCGAGAAAGCUGAUAGCUGACGCAAGAGCCGGUAUCGUAAGCCCCACAUCGCCUCUAUCACCCAACCGGGUGCCGCGCGGCGGAACUGUCGAGAUCAUCAGCAAACAAUCAGUAAUGGACGAAUUGGCCGCUGCGGGUGGUAUGGAGCAAUUAGAAGCGUUAGUGUCUCGCUCAGAAUCUCUCCCCUCCAGUCCGCAGUGUCGCGACACUAUCCUCAGAUCUGAAGAGCGCGCGAGUUCAGAAGAGUCAAGCCCGCGGCUGCAGUCGUUCUCGACGCUCGUGGACAGGCUCACGCCCGACAAUGAACUGCCAGAUGAGGGUCGCGAAACUGGAUCGUACAUAGCGAGCGAACUCGAAGCGCUGGAGAAGGAACAAAGCGCGAUAGAUGAGAAAGCGGCUGCGUUGGAAAAACAGUUACGGAGAGUUAUGGAGUCUGCUGACAAUAAUGAGGAAGAGGACAGACUGAUGUCUCAGUGGUUCAACCUAGUCAACAAAAAGAAUGCCCUACUCAGGCGACAGAUGCAACUCAACAUACUCGAACAAGAAGAGGACCUGAGCCGCCGCUGCGAUCUACUCGCGCGGGAGUUGAGGCUGUCGCUCGGCGUCGACGAGUGGAGGAAGACUCCGGGACAGAAGAGGAGAGAGAGACUUCUCUUACAGGAGUUAUUGUCUGCAGUCAACGAAAGAGACAGACUGGUGCAAGAGAUGGACGAACAAGAGAAAGCGAUAGCGGACGACGAGACAAUAGAACGUAAUCUAUCUCAAGUGGAAAUACAGCGUAAGAACAAUUGUAUACUACAGUAACUGUGUGUAAUCGCUAAAUCUAGUUUUAUAUACUAGGUGUGUGACCCGUGUCAUUGAAGCGUACGUAGAAAUACGCAAAAUUUUUAGCACUUUGAUUUUAAUCUGGGAUUCACGUUUGAACCAAGAAAAAUAAUACAAAUAUAUUUUAUCGAUAAACUUUUCUGUGUUAUAACUCAUUUUUGUGCUAAAUGAAGAUCACAAAAUUAAUUUAACAAAAACAAGUUUUUUUUAAACUUGAUUGUAUUAUAAUGUGAACGACAUACAAAAAGUAUGUAAACUCGUUUUUUUGGACUUAUGAUCGUUUUUGAUGAUAAAUUGUGGUAAAAAAAAUAUAAAAUGUCCAUUAGGAUAAUUUGGCUAUGUUUGGAAAUAACAAUGAGUUUUUUAUAAGUGGAUGUUGGUUAUCUGUUAUUCAGUGAAUCAGAUAUUGACUAAGGGCCUGUUUAAUUGGUUGCUAAUAAAGUAUCCAAUAGUUGACAUAAAGUAGAUUUAUCUAGCGGUUUGCUUGUCUGUCAGAUUACACGAUAUUUUAUUAGAAUGUAUUGAAACAGGCCCUUAAUGUUACGUAUUGAAUCUAAAAAAUAAUGAAAUCUAGUUUCAAAUUGCGACCACAGCACACAGACUCGGGUAAAAAUAUACGAUUUUGACAAUCGAAACAGAUUUAUGAUUUUCAUAAAAAAACACUAGUAUAUAUUUAAUUUUGUGAAUAUCAAACUUGCUACAAGUACACCAAUUACUGAUAGUAGUAAAAAAAAAAACAAAUUGUUCGAGUUUGAUAAUUUUUAACUAAUUUUUAACUUUUUUUUUCAUUAAAUAAAAAACGGUGCGCCCGAUGUAUGUGUGUUUUAGUCAAUUAAGUGCUGAAAUAAGUCUGCCCUGUGAGGCACGUAAUACUCAAGUUGAUUCCUGUAUUUAUUUUUUAUUUUCACGUAUUUAGCAUAUUUGAUGUGUUGUCAAAUUGCGGCUUAACCUAUGUAAAAUUACCAAAAAGUCAAUUUUAACAUUUUUUUUUCCUUUUUUUUUUUUGUAAUUAUUUAUGAAAGGCCCACAUAGUUGACGGUGAUAAUAAAAGUACAAUACGCCAUAUGAAUUUUUUUAAAUAUUCGAAGCUGCGUGAUGUAGCUCUUUAUUUUUUUAAGUAGACAUUUUUGAACGAUUUCGUGUAAAUAUUAGUUAGUUUAGUUUUAAAAAGUUAUUUAUUUUCGGCUUCGUUAUCUAAUUGUUCCGUCUUGCCUCGAUAUUUUAAUCAUUUUUAAAAUCCACUGCAUUUUUUUAUUUGAACAAUUAACAAAUCAUUUACAAUUAUUUAUUGACUUAUAUAUUGACAUGUCGUGACUUUGUAUAUCGCAAUAUACGUUUAAAAUUUUGUGGAUUCAUAUUAAAUAAAUAAUUAUUCGCAGUGGUAUCUAUGUACUAAUGUCAUUCUUAGGGUGAGUUGCACCAGUCAACUUCGGCGUUGACCUGCGCGCCGCCGUCGUUUAGACAAAAUGGCGUACUUUGCGUUUUUUCUGCGCAGGUUAAAGUUAACGUCAAAGUUGACUGGUGCAAUGCACUCUUAGUAUAUGAAACGUUGCUAUUGAAACUUAUAUAGAAGUGAAAGUUAGUAAAGACCGACUUAACAACAAAACUCACAUACAUACAAUAAACACCACACACUAUGAGACAAAAAUGUAUAAAUUUAAUUAAAUAACUACUUAAUUUGUGGUGGCAUCAUUAAUAUGUGUAUUCUAUAUAAAAUUAAUAUGAACAUUAUUCCAAUAAUAAUAAAAUUGACUUCAAAUCAAUCACGUUUUUCAUAACUGUUGCAAUAAGGCAAUUUCUGACGUUCCACAUGAGAUGGUGUAUUAUGGAGGGACGUCGCUUAUCGUUUUUUUUAAAGUAGAAUGAUAAACGUUUUAAGCGAGUUCCCUCCAAAAGGUACAUUUUCUCGUGGAAUGCCACAUUUUAUCAAUAGAGUACAGUCUGUCAAGAAUGUGAAGAAAACGGAGUUUUGACGAACUGAAUUGUUUUGCUAUAUCAAUACCAAAUACGAGUAGAUUGGUUGGUAAACACACAGUGUUGCAGCCAACAGGAGACCGCGGUCUCAAUUAAUUUCUUUACUUUCUUUACAGACUGUUGUGCAUUUAAUGCCCAUUUGGAAUACAUGAUCUAAUUGAUAAUACCACUAAUAAAGCGUAUACUCCGAAAAUAACGUAAAAACCAAGUCAUAGAAAUAUAUCGAAUUAUAUAAUAAUCGUCCUGUAGUGUAGCAUUUAUUUUUCGAUGUAAAAAUGUAUUUUUUAUGUAAAAUAGUUACGUUGUAUGCGUGUUGUAGUUAAUCAGUUACUUUCACGCGACUUUGUGAGGGCGAAUCAAUGGCGUAACGAUGUCUUGACUUGGGAAAGAAAACAUGGUGGGAACAUCUCAAUGGUUUACUGCACGGAUAUAACUUUUGUCACACGUUGAAUGUAAUUAAGAUAUUUCUGAUAAUAAUAAAAGCUUGUGUCAAAAAUGACAUUUUCAUAAAAAAUGUCAUUUCGUAAAAUCUAGUAUUUCAAGCAGGUAAUCGCAAUCUAUUUAUUAUUAUUUACGACGUAGAUAAUAAUGGGUUGUUUGUACGUGAAUGUAAGCCUAGCCUCAGUUGCACCAGUCAAGUAUUACUUUAACAUUAACCCACGCGCCGCCACCGAUUAGACCAAAUAGCGUACUUUGCGUUGUUCUGCGAAGGUUAACUUUAACGUCUUUGACAAUCUCGUGGCUUAAUGGUCAUCAUACCGGACUGUUACACUGGAGGUCCCGGGUUCGAGCCCCGUUCAGGUCAAGAUGGGAAAUGAUCUUUUUCAAAUUGACCUGAGUCAUGGAUGUUUAUGAUAUAGAAUAUAGUAUCGUUGAGUUAGUAUCCCAUAACACAAGUCUCGAACUUACCUUGGGGCUAACUCAAUCUGUGUGAUUUGUCCAUAUAUAUUUGUAUUUAACGUCGAAGAUGAUUGGUGCAACCGAUCCUCAGAGCUUGCAGCAUUGCCUGUACAUGUAAACUACUAAUGUCGGCCCGCUGCUUCGCUCCACACAGUCGAAGCUUGAUGUUACAUUGGGAGGUGCUAAAUUGGGCGGUUUUGUAUAAGGCCCUAAACGAUCAAUUAUAUUAUGCUAUAUGAAUGAACAAUGAACAAGAAGGUUCUCUGGCCAGAUGAAAGAGUCGCCGUUGCUGUGUAAAUCUGGCAAGAAUAUGAAACUUCAAUUUCUACAAUAGUUACGGGACUUAGCACCUAUUUUAUUUAAUGUAGCUGACUUUUCAAUGACCUUGCAGUCGCUGUGGUCGGCCAGACUGGAGUUAAGACCGUUAAUUGUACACUUAUCCUCUUUCUCGUAAAAAGCUAAAGCAUUUGUCUUUAUCGCUCUUUGCCAUACUUAACAUUGUUAAAAUGAGACAAAACAUAUUAAGCUUAAAGUAUGCUUUGACUUUUUUAUGAGAGGGUUAGUUGGAAUAUAAAUAAAUAUGAGAAUUUGCGUUGUGAAGUUGCAGAGGAUGCAGUGAUAAUCGUGUUAAGUCUCUUUUAUGUACCUAUGAAGUCUAUGUGUUCAAUUCGCUAAAAUAAAAAUAAAAAAAAUGUUUUCCAUUAAGUACCCUAGUCAUUAAUUCAUAUUGAGCAAUAUAAUUGACAGUUUACAGGUCGCCAAAAUAUAUAAUUAUUUGUGCAAUUUUCUUGUACUAGCGUGCAGUCGUUGAUCGCGAAGUUUGAUUUUAUUAAUGCUAAACAUUACACUUCCAAUAGGAUAUUCCAAUUUUUUUCAAAAGAGCUAUAAAAUAUAAGCUAUUUAGUGAAACUGAAUUAAAUUAUUUUUUUUAAACUCGAAAUACAUAAGCAAGAUAUGGUUACCUAUUUGAAAUUCUCGAUUGGACAAAGAAAUACAAGUAUCGUGAGGUCACAAUGUUAGUGUGACAAGUAAAACUGUUUUGCAAGACAGAGACAGAUAAUCAUCUUUAGAAAUAUGAUAUAAAUUUUACUUUGCGAUCGACGACAUAGGUACUACAAGUGAAAGACUAUAAUAUUAAUAAUUUUGUGUUCUGACGCGUCGAAAAUUAGUCUUAUAUUUGUAGUGGCAAACAUUUGAUUGGCGACCAUGUGAUUAUUCAAGUUUAUGUAACAUUGUAUUGAAUAAUAAAGAAAUGUUACCCGUUAUAUAUGAACGUGUUGAAGUUAAUAAUGACAAAUAUGUAGUAUCAAUGUUUUAUACACGAGCAUUAUUUUCUGUCACGUGUUGAAUGCAAUAUCUGACUACGAUAAAUGCUUAUGUUACGACGAUAAAUGACAUUUUUGUAAAAUUAACAACAAUAAAGGGAGGGAAGCAAUUACCUUUUAACUUUGAAUAAUCAUAUGGUUAUUAAUACACGCUAGAGAUUUAAUUUAGGGGGUAAUCAUACAGGAGCUUAUCAGAUCCGUUGUAGUAGCUAUGAUCUCUGUAGUACGCAAUGGUUUUAGUUAUUUUCACUAAUAUUGCGAUGUCGAAUAUCUAGAUUUUGCACCCAUAAAAAUCAAUUUACAAGUUCAUAGCUUUCCAUUAUAAAAUGUAGUCACAGUUUAAUAAAUCCAUUCGCUUUUAGAAUGCCGCUGCAUUCGGCUUUCGUCCAUUUUAAUAACAAAUAUUUCUUUCACUGUUUAGUAAAUAGUUGUGAAAGAUUGUUUUUUUUAUUUUUGUAACUUUUAUAAGCAGUUACAAGUGAAGAUUUUUAUUUCGCUGUUUGGUAACAUGUAGUGAAAUAAGAAAUAUUAUUAAAUUUUUGCUUAUUUUUUGAUAUUUUUUUAUAGGAAACUAUAAUAUUUUCUACAAAAAUUAUUUGCGGUGUGGCAUAAUCUGUAAUUUUUUUUUUAAUUUUCAUUAAGAAAUAAAAAAUAAUAAAAAUCAGAGGUGGCGCUAGCAGCGCUAGAAAGCGCCUUAAAUGCAUAUUUGUAGUCGCCAUCUUGAAAUGGAAACUUUCAGUCAUCAAAUUCUUUCUGUGGCUAUUCGACAUUGAAAUAUUAUAGCUUUAAUACAAAGUGCAUUGCAGACGUACCCGCGGUAUGUUAUUAGUUAAUUAGACAGCAAGCGACGCCAUGGUUGUCUGUACCGUUAUUUAUAACGCUAUUUAAUAUUCUGAACAGUAAUAAAGUGAUAUUGUAAAUUA